AUGGCGACAGCCUCUCCUGCUGCUGCUGACGGGGGGCGGGGGCGGCCCUGGGAAGGAGGGCUGGUCUCCUGGCCCCCUGCCCCUCCCCUUACUCUCCCCUGGACUUGGAUGGGCCCGAGUUGGGGGCAACACCCUGCGCAUUGGGGCUUUCCAGCUUUCACAGAACCUUCAGCAUCCCCAGCUACCAGCCUUGGCAUCUUCGAAGUACGGAGAGUUUUAGAUGCUUCUGGAUGUUCAAUGCUAGCACCUUUGCAGACUGGAGCAGCUCGAUUUUCUUCAUAUUUACUUUCAAGAGCAAGAAAAGUGCUGGGCUCCCACUUAUUUUCUCCCUGUGGUGUUCCGGAGUUCUGCUCCAUAUCCACCAGAAAGCUGGCGGCCCACGGCUUUGGCGCAUCCAUGGCAGCAAUGGUGUCCUUCCCUCCCCAGAGGUAUCACUACUUUUUAGUGCUGGACUUUGAGGCCACGUGCGACAAGCCACAGAUUCAACCUCAGGAAAUCAUCGAGUUCCCCAUCCUGAAGCUAAAUGGCCGGACCAUGGAGAUUGAGUCUACUUUUCACAUGUAUGUCCAGCCCGUAAUCCAUCCACAGCUUACUCCCUUCUGCACAGAGCUCACCGGGAUUAUUCAAGCCAUGGUGGAUGGUCAGCCAAGCCUGCAGCAAGUGCUGGAGAGAGUCGAUGAGUGGAUGGCGAAGGAAGGCCUCUUAGAUCCAAACGUCAAGUCCAUUUUUGUCACCUGUGGAGACUGGGACUUAAAAAUCAUGCUCCCGGGCCAGUGCCAGUACUUGGGCUUGCCAGUGGCAGAUUACUUCAAGCAGUGGAUUAAUCUGAAAAAGGCUUACAGCUUCGCCAUGGGCUGCUGGCCCAAGAACGGACUUCUAGACAUGAACAAGGGCCUCAGCCUGCAGCACAUAGGCCGGCCCCACAGCGGCAUUGAUGACUGCAAAAACAUUGCCAACAUCAUGAAGACACUUGCAUAUCGAGGCUUCAUCUUCAAGCAGACCUCGAAGCCGUUCUGA